AACCUUCCCGAUCGCCUAUCUGUUCCCAGAAGCCAGUGCUGACGCUCCGACGUUCUUUAUUGUUUGUCUCCGGCGCGUCUCUUGUUUGGGUUCGCGAGCGCGUGUGAGCGCGUCGCUCGGAAACGGAUCAGUUGUUCGGCCAGGAAGACGGGACCGAUCUCGUUUUGAGUCGCUGUGCGGCUUCUGCAAAGACCCGCAACGUCGGAAUCGCCGGCUCUGCAUUGUGGACCGACCAGCGACGUCAACAGAUUGAGGAAAUCCAGCAGACAAGACGGCCGCGCCGGGCAGACAGCGGCCGGAGAUAAUGGUUCCGAUACAGUCGCUCUUUCGAGGCGGCGCUCUUCGCAAGCGGCUCGACGAGCGUGGCACAAGUGGCCGGCGUGUCCGCUGACCUCCUGAGGCAUAAAUCACCCCAGUUCCACCAACGCGCCGCCGCGCGCGGGAAUUUUUGUUUUUCUUGGUUGCACGCCGCCCACGAUGAAGGCCUGCCGAACGAACGCAGCAGACGACGCACUCGCGGCCGCCGACGCAGACGACGAACCCGUUUUCCGGCCUUUGCGCCGCAAUAAUUGGACCGCCUUCCGAAAGAGGGGGCGACGUGCCGCACCGGACGAGACCGCACGCAGUGCCGAAGAGGAACUGAACGUAGCCGUAAUUAGUCUGCCGCCAUCUGACGGCGGAUGCGAAAACGAAGCGUUCGAUGCCACUGCGGCGGUGCAAGGAAGCGAGGAGGGCCCCUCGCAGCGCGCGCUGCCGCCGCAGCGCGAUGCCAACGUCGGUGACGACAGCGAGCCGCCGACCUACGCAACCGCGCUUCUGAUGACGUCACGGGCCCUCGACCUGCCCUGCGUGUGCUGCUGCCCGGUGGCGUCGCCGCGCGGCGACGCUGCGAACCACGGCGGCGAGCGCGGCGGCGUCCGGCCAGUUCCUCCGGAGAGCCGCGAUGCGCGGGAGGCACCUAUCCGCGAGGAUGCCGUCGGCGUGAGUGGUGUCGCUUCUUCGUCGAGCGUCGCGGGACGCCCUGCAGGGCCCGGGAUACGAGCGGCCACGCUGGCUCGACACCGCAACGACGUCGUGGUGGGCGCCACCCGGCUGGAGCCGGGGCCGGCCCCGCCGCCGCACCACGAAGUGCUCCCCGACAUCCUGAACGCGCACCUGCCGCCGCCGUACGCUACGCUGCCUCCUCCGCCUUCGUCGUCGGCCAGGCGGCACCUACCGCCGCCGCCGAGGCUUAGGCCGCCGCGCUGCGUUGUGGAUACCGAGGUGGUGGAGCCCAAGCACUGCUGCGGCGUCCUGGUCACGCAGACCGUCAGCAUCCGGUGGUUCAUUGUGAUGAUCGCGUUCGUCGGUCUGUGCUGUGCUAUCGUGGGCACCGUGCUGGGUGCGCUCAAGGCGACCGGCCGCGAGCACCUCACCGUCUCCCUGCUCAUGAUCGGCGUCGGCAUCGUCCUGAUCACGGUGAGCGGCAUCGCGUGGCGACUGACUUCCCACGAGGCCCCCUCGUGCCGCGCCAUGCUGGGACUGCGCGGCGACGAACCCGGAGGUCGCCGGUUCGUGCCCAGGGUGCCCCCGUACGGAGGGAGGCCCGGCGGACACCCGUACGCAGCGAUGCUGUACCCGGAGUUCCAGUACCGGCCCCCUCCGCCGUCGUACCAGGCCUCCAUGCAGGAGUACCGGCUGCGGCUGCUGCUGCUGGACCGGCAGGGCGGUCCGCCCACCCUGCCCACACCGGUGGCCCUGGCCGCCCACCACCACCACCACCAUCACCACCACGCGGUGCCCGCCCCGCCCCCCGUGGUGCCGCCGCCCGCCGCGGUGACCUCGCAACCCGCGCCCAUGCUGUCGCCGGUGUCCCCGCCGCCCACCUACCGGUCCGGGCUGCAUGCCAGGCCUCCCCUGUCCUUCCCCUCGGCCGACCGUGAGCCGAGCCGCCCUCCGAGCUACCGGUCGCGCACGAGCUCGGCGGCCGGCGGCGGCAUCCUCCGCUCGUGCGUGGGCGGCAACGCGUCAUGCAGCCAGGACACCCUGGCCACCGUGAGCCCGGCCGAGGACGAAGACCGGCGGCCGCUGCACAGCCGCAACCCGUCGCUGACGCUAAGCACGCUGUCGCAGGAGGAGGCGUCGCCCGCCGGCGCGACCGCGAGCAGCCAGCAUGCCGCAGCGGACACCCUGCGCCGGAGCUACAACGCCAGCGUGCUCGGGGUCAGCGGCAGCCUGUCGUCGUCCAACCGGGACACGCCGAGCCCUCCGCCGGGCAGCUCGUCGAGGGCGCCCGACCCGCACCUGCUGCGCAAGAACCACGACGUAAACACGGUGACCAUCGUGCAGACCACGGACACGUCGCAGGUCAUCAACCAGGACACCGUGAUCGUGUCAGUGUCGGGACACAACGCGCGCACGCUGGUGCUGCCCUCGGGACACUCGGAGGUGCAGGUGACGCUCGCGCACGUCUGACACGCGGCCACUCGGCGCCCUUCGCCGCCGCCGCCGGACGACGCUUCCCCGUCGUACGCCUGCGCGGGCAGGCACUGCGGCUGCCGGCGCCGACACGUCGCCCAGGACGACCGACCGGCGGCCACGCGGGACGACAGGCGGCGGCGGCUGCGCCGGGCGCGAGACCACGACGGCGGCGACGGCAUGCCGAUAUGCCAUGACUUUCUGCAGACUCCUGGCUACUCCUUAUGGAGACUGCAUGAACAGGGCAUCUAAGACUGUCUCCAAGCUCUCUCUCCUCCUGUUUGAUCUGCCAGUCAACCUUCGAGCAUCCAGAUUCCUGAGCUGACAGCCUUGUGAAUAUGUGCAUAUGGACAGUCGUGAGAGACACACCAAGUGCAGAAAACAGACUGCUGCUUGUGCGAGGCGAAUCAGCCUGCACUGUGUGCAUCCUGUUGAAUGUGUGUGCCUGUGUAUAGAGCAUGUCUAUCAUUUGAAAUGUGUGUGUGGGUGUAGAUAUGCACAUUGCGUCACUGUUUACCCCUGAGUGUUUGCUUGUUAACCAAUGUUGCCAUGUUGCCAGCACACUGCUGGGCAGAUGAUGGGUGAAUGGUAUCAAAUAUGUGCUUUCCAAGCAUUUGUUUCUGAUCUUCUGUGUGAUGGAAAAGGUUGUGGUUGGUUGAAGUGCUUCAACCUCCCAAGAUUAAGUUUAGUUUUGCUGCUCUGUUUAGACCCAUUGGAUAUAUACUUAUAGCCAAAAGUUGGUGUUGUAUGAUAAAGUUCAUCAUAGUUUGGUCAUAUAUAUUCUGCACUAGAUAUGCACUGUCAAGAGUGCUCCUAUUAUGUGAACUGGUGCAAAAUUGUGCAAUAUUCAUUUAUAGCUAAUAUAAGAUGGUCGUGCACUACAUAAAUGGUGCUUUCUCAGAAACAGUUUAUAUAGUCAUUAAAAUUGGCACUUUUAACGUGGACACAAAUUAUUUUGCACACUUUUAAGUAUACGCUUAUGAUCACCAAACGUUUCCUACCAUAUCAGAAAAAUGUGGGAUUCUCAACGUGUUUUAUAUGUUGCUUUUGGUUUAAGUGGCUGCAUCUUCAGAAUGAAAUUGUUACAAUAUUUCUUGCCUCUUGGCUGCUGUGGCUUUUUAGGUCUACAAAAGGAGCCAAAUUCCUGAAAACACAUUGAUUUACAAUGCUAAAUUUUAUUGCAUUACUUCACAACAUGGUUCCAUUGGCCAUUGUAAUGUGUGUUCACAGGCUUGGUUUCCAGAGUAUGAGGAAAUUGUUUUGCAUGGCUAGGUUAGCAGUUUAGAUUCUUGCAAUGUGGAUGCUCUUGUGGCUGCAUUUGUGCUUGUGAAUAUAGCUGUACAUAUAUCACAUCUGCAUCAUCUGCUCAUUCUGCUGCGAACUGUUGAAACCAGUUCUUGGGAACAAUUUGUGAUUAGAUAAAGAUGCACAUGCUGGUUAGUGUGUGUAACAUCAUGUGGUCUGAUUAUCUUGCUUUAAGACCAGGAAAUGUUGAUGUUUGUCGUUGAGCAUAGUUGUAAUAUGAGCUUGGGUAGCUUCACUUUUCUAAGCACAUUGGAUACCCUAUCAAAUGUUUUUAUUUUUUAUUUAUCUUUAUACUUUCAAUGUACUGUUGUUAGUUCUUAAAGGUCCCAUUCUUCUGCUAACAAGUCGAUGCUGAAAAUACGAGGUGUUUUUUAGUCCGUAAAGAAUUUUUUGUAUCGCCCGUGGCAGAUAGCGUAAUUCUAGUCAUUGAGGUGGAUUACUCAAAGAGGCAGACAUUACUUCCACGAGAAAUCAAAAUACAUAAUUGAAUAAUUAACAGACAUUCACAAAUUAACUAUUUAGUUAAUUACUAUGUGGCAGCUGGAAUUGCAGCUGGUGAGUUUGCAAGGCAGUGCAAGCUCACCAGCUGUAUAUAUACAUAUAUAUAUAUAUAUAUAUAUAUAUAUAUAUAUAUAUAUUCACUCACUUGGAAUGAAUUUUCUGCCUGACACCAGUUUCAAGAUAUUCAUUCUAAAGUGUGUUAUGAAAUACAUGGAUGUUCCAAUUACUUUUGUGCUUUAAUGCAUGAAGCAGCAGUUUAUUACUUUUGUGAAUAAAGUAAGCGCAGCAAUAGGGCAUUUUUCCCGCACAUCUUGAGAACCAUGCUAUCCUGAGAAUUCAUUCCAAGUGGAUAUGCCUUGCAAAUUCACCAGCUACAAUUCGUAAAUUGCAAUAUGUGCAUUAAGUAAUUAAAAAAUGUUAGCACGUUUUUGUAAUUAGUCAAUUAUGCAUUUCGAUUUCUUGUGCGAGUAAUGUUCGUUACUUCAAGUAAGGACUAAAAUUAUGUUACCUGGCACAAGCGAUUUUAAAACAUUCUGUAUGGUCUGCAAAAAACAGCCUGUAUAAAAUAUAAUUCAAAAUGAAAAUAAAAAUUAAGGCUUUGUGACACAUUUAGCUUAAGGAUAUCUUUAUGGCAUCUUUUUAGAAAUGUUCUCAUCUUGCACACGCUGCAUCAGUGUAUAUGAAGCUAAACUGUAGUGUUGCAUUUAGGUGCUUUAGUUUUCAUUCAGCAGUUUGUUCGUUAGCAUUUUUCUCUCUUAUCUGCAAGAAGUGACUGUCCUAAUCUUUACUGCACCUGCUAGAAUUUUUUUCCAUCGGUGGUGCUGGUAAUGAGUAAAUUUGAAAGUUUCAACUUUUUUCUAAGCCUCGCGGAAAGUAAUGGUGGUUUCUGCAGAUACUGUGACCAAGAAGAGAUUAGCACUACUUAUUAUGCUUUGCAUUUAUGUUGAUUCAUGCUUUGCCUGCAUGUCAAAGACCUGAAAUUUCUACUUAUCUUACUCUGUCAUAAGAACAAAAACAGCUUUGUCAAUCAUCACAAUAUUUUUCAAUUUAUUGUAAAGUCAUUUUUUUGUCAAUAAUCAAUGUGCUUUGUGUGGAAAUAUAUCACAGAAAGUGUCGCUUGCUUUCUUGUUCUGGCAGCACAGCUUAUUUUCUUGGUGCCAUACUAGAAAGCAGGGCCGGUAUAAUGUAAGGAUUUUAUUGCUUUAUUCUAUUCCUCUAUCAUCCGCCAGUCAGGACUAGCUGAUCCUGGUAACAAUAUAGGCAGAGUGUUGUUCAGACCACUGACGAAACACAAAAAGGAAAAGAAUUGGGAUAGAAUCAUUACAUUCUCCCGGCUCGCAUUGAAUCUUACACCCAUUUGUUUCUUAGUGCCAUCACCUGGCUGGUCUAUUGCCCAGUUUAUGCUCUAUGUGCGGACAUCUCUGCUCAAACAAAUAGCAAGCACCUGUUUGCUCAUGUAUAGUGAAGUGCUUUUAUUUUGAUAGUUGUUAUUAAAAUGAACUGGUACUUUUCAGCAUGAGGCAGGGCUGGCCUAUCCAUUGGCCAAUGCAUCAAAGCAGGGUCUUAGACGAAAUGUUUUGUGCUAUUGGAAUUAAGUGUGUGCAAAAAAUUAAAUCCAAUAUUGUUGCUUGGAGCACCUUUAGAAAGAGGCUGUUCAUGAUGACAAGAUUCAUGGGAGGCCUUGGAUCAAACAGGGAAGAGUUAUUUAAGGUUUGUGUGUAGUGUUAUACAAAAUCAUUGGAAUAACUGGUGCAACUGUACCGUCAGCAGUCAAACAUGGCUUAUAGCUGGAUGAAAUCUCUUGCAUCAGUGCAGCUUUGUUACUGGUGCUUCCGUGUCAUGAACAUUCAUUGGCUAGAGUGAAAGGCCCACGUGUAGUUUUAUAGGCAUUUUCUAGGCAGGCCAAUACAUCAAAGUACCAGAAUAACACUGCAGCCAAACCAAUUAGCUUUGUCUUGUUUAUUCGGUGGGCUGUAAAAAUAAGGUGAAAGCAGAAUUAUGGCUACAGAUGUUAUGUAGGUCCUGGCAUUUUAAUUCAAAAGUUCUAAUGCACACGUUUUCAUUUUCUUUUAUAGCUCUUCUGGAUUACAAAAGAUUUUAUGUUAUGCCAAAAGUUGUAUAUUUGAGGCCAAUGAGCAUUAUAUUUGUCAUCAAAUAUUUGUGCAGAGCAAGAAAUUGACAUCUUAAUUUUUUAGAAGACUUGACAUGUUGUGUUUAGCACUGCAGAAAGUUACAUUGAAAGCAAGGCUAGACUGAGAUUUUAGACUUCAGUGUAGUGAUAUACUCACUCUGCAUAUGAACAUGACUCAGUAGCAGUUGUUUAUUUUGUUGUGACACACUUUCAUAUUCUUUUUUCAUGAAACAUAUCAUAAACUCUAUAAGCUUUCUUGCACAUCAGAAGAUACCUAACUUGAAUUGUGCGUUGUGUCGCUUGCGUGCAACUAGUCAUUAAUUUUCUGCUGGAGACAUUCUUUGGUUGAUUGCAGUGUUCUGUUGAACAAAAAUGUUGAACAGAAUGCUCUACGGAAACGUCUGUUGCCAAUAAUGGAGCAUAUUACUUGUCUUGUAGAUGAAGAUAUUGUGUGUAAUGAUUGUUUUCCUUUAGCUGUAUUGUACAAGCUGUGUGGGUGUUCCAUUGCGAACUUUGAUCUUCAGGACAUAUUACGAUACAGCGAGUGACCUCGGCAACUUUUACAUAACUGGCAUAUAAAGUGAAAACACUCGUUUUAAAGCUUGCACAUGAUCUACGAAAUAACAUUGAGACCAUUUCAAUGAUUAUAUGCUUACACCAUCACCUUAAUAUAAAAUUGCUUCGCUAAACAAGGACUGUACCACAUUCACAUUCUAAUUGACUGCUGCAUAUCGGAAUUCUGGUGCAGGAAUUUAUUGAUGCCAGAAGUUUUGUAAAUAGUAGCACUUGUCUCUAUUGUUUGAUGUUUGGAAAACCCAGUGCUUCAUCAAUAAUCGAUUUUUUUUGGAUGGCAUUGCAGUAAACAAGAUACAGACUGACAUGUCUAAAGCAUAAUGUUGCAACCAUCUCUACUACAUUUCACACAUCAGCAUCAACACACUGUCGAAAGAAAGGAAAGAGCAUUCAGGAUCUUCAAUAUUUCACUUCUAUGUGAGAGGUAAUUUGCGUGGAAAGGAAAAUGUCCAGCGCAUGAGGUUCAGUGAACAGAUCGUGAAGCAAGAACAUAGGAGUGAAUGCGUCCUUGUGUCUGUGUAUAAAUAAAAACUGCGUAUGGCCACACUGCUGUUCUCCUGUGAAUACAAGAUAUAUAUAUAUAUAAGAAUACAUAUAUAUUUUACUGUACCAUACAGCUGUUCUAUGACAACGGAUGAUAUUGUGGCCGUAUUCAGUGUUGGAACGGCAGAAUAAAAUGUUUGACCAAA